AACACUCGAAAAGCUUGCAAAACGAGAAUACCGCGGAACUAUCAGGUUUUAGAUUAAAGACCAGGCGCAUAUUCGAGGAUUUAAAAUGCCGACAUAACUCUCGAAGUGAAAUAAAACUUAUUAAUAAAACAGCUUACGAACUCUUGCAGCCUCAGUGGUUGUGUGAUUUUACGUCCAUGUCUACGUUUAACUGGUUCUUCUCAAUUUUAGCUCUCGUUAAAUUUACGUAAUGCACUGAGCAACGAAUUAAAUUCCCCACAACUUCUUUUAAUAUAAUGCUACGGGGAGGGGAACGCGAUGACACUAUUUUCUUGUUUUGUUUACAUCUCAGUUCAAUAUAUUCAUUGUAUUACUGACAGACGAUGAGAUAGAUUGUUGAAAAUGAAUGAAAAUGUUUUAUUCUUAUUGUUAAAUGUUUCAGGUGGUCCUGUCACAAGCACGAUGAAAAAUUUCGUUCCACUUUUAAAUAUAACGCACUGAAAAAAAAAAGACUUUGCCAUUAGAAUUUCCUGGUCCGCUGUGCUACGCUUCUGACGCAUCUAAAACUAUUCGCAACAUAUGGGGACUAUUCAAAGAUGUCUUCGAUCGCGCAAACUUCAAAGACUUGGAAAGUGUUGUCUCUUACUUACUCUGUUGACCUGUUUUGUCUGGCACUGCGUCUACAACUUUUCAAAAAAUCCUCCAAAUCGUAAGAUUGACAUAGGAAAUUACAGUCUUACGCUUGCGGGAUCCACAAUAAAUAACAAUUCACGUGUAAAACUCUCCCUCAGCGCCCUGAACAUUCACAUCUGGCGAGAGCUGUGUGGUUCCGACAUACCGAACUUACGUCAACAUCUCUUUUUUCCUCGGUAUCCUAACGAAAAGUUUAAGUACCGUAUAACAGAAUUCCAGAUUGAAGACGACAGCUUAGACUAUGGCCAGGUUAUUUUUGGCUUCGUUCACCCACCAAACACAAUGUCAUACCGUUUUGCAAUAGUCUCGGAUGAUACAUCAGAGUUAUGGCUUAGUUCAAGUGAAGAUCCAAACCGAAAACAGUUGAUUGCCAGAGUGUUCACAGAAGGUGAAACUGCGUGGGCACAACGAAAUCAGCUGGAUAAAUACCCUGACCAAAUCUCUGAAGAUAUGUAUCUUCUCAAAGGUAGUAAAUAUUACCUUGAAGUACUUCAUAAACAAGGCAUAGGUGAUGGCUUUGUACAAGUAUUUUGGAAAAGCUUUCAAGAAAAAGAAUUCAAACUGAUCAGUUCCGAAUAUCUAUCACUCUAUUCCGACGAUAUCUCGGUUGCAGAACGGAAAGAUGUUUACCAUAGUGUUCUUUCAGAACGAUAUCACGAUGAACUCAAACAGAAAUCCGAAAGAAUUAGCAAGGAAUACUUGGACUUCUUUUCCCUCCCUUUGAUUCCUAAAGAUAGUUACCUCACUUCAUGCGAAUACAAAAGUAGUCUGGGUUAUCAUUUUUCCGAAUCUAUGGUUUACCCUGGAGAUGACACUGUCAUGUGUGACUACGAAGACGGUUCGCCUAACCGAGUUGCCGGUGGAGAUUCAGUUCGAGCGGUUGUGGACAAGGUAACUACUUCUCUGCGACUAAAGACCUCCAAGAAGUACUUUUUGAGAAGAAUUCACAAAGUUAUGCAGAAGUCAGAUCCAGUUUAUGGUGAUCGUUACUCUGUGGAUUUAGAGCUCGGCUUAAAUGACAGCAGUCAAUCAUUUCGCCUGUCAGAGCAUGUCUUUCACAAAAAGCUCAGUGACCGCUUGUGCUUCCCUGAAGGUAUGGACUGGAACUUCAACGCCACAGUGUACUUCAUUCUCCCUGUCAAAGAUCAAGGAAGAUGGGUUUAUCAUUUUAUCAAUGAGCUCACAGUUGCCAGCUUAUUGACUGGCGAUAAGAAUUUCCACGUCAUUGUUGUGGACUUUGAGAGCGAAGAUAUCAGCCUCUUGAAGGCGUUUGACACUUCUCUUCUUAGAACCAGACACACGGUUAUCACGCUGCAAGGGAAAUUUUACAAGACGCUAGCGUUGAACAAGGCUGUUGAGCGUGUUCCAAGUGAGCAUGAUCUAUUGUUCCUGUUUGAUCUUCAUAUCGAUGUGCCUGUAGACAUUAUGGACAGCGUUAGAAAGAACACGAUAGAAGGUCGACUUGUGUACAUGCCUAUUGUUGGACGCCUGGAUUGUGGCAGCACAUUUGUCGAUCAUCAAGGCUUCUGGGAAACCGUUGGAUUUGGUAUUCUUAGUGUUUAUAAAUCAGACUGGAUACGGUUUGGAGGAAUGAACACCCGUGACUUCAAGUACAAAUGGGGAGGGGAGGACUGGGAUCUGCUCAACCGCGUUCUUAACGCGAAGUUGGAAGUUGAACGCAUCAAGCACCCAGGCCUCUAUCAUCACUUUCACACCAAACAAGGCCAAUGGGAUUAGCUGAGAGAAUAUGUAGGACAAUGUGUAGUUCAUCUGGCGUGUUUCACUUACAACUUUCUACAACUACGCUCCGCUGUCAGACCUUACACAUUUUACCCGAACUCGUAAGCUAUCCGCGAAUAUUACCGGAUAAAGCACGUAAUAAGGAAUAUAUUUACUGAUAUCUCAGAUUGUGGUUUGCUUUAAAACUCGAGACUGAGUGUAUAUCAAAACAAUGGACUCCAUGUAUUUCAAAACAUUGGACUGAGUGGAUUUAAAAACAUAAGACUGAGUGUAUAUCAAGACAUUGGACUGCUAUUAAGUGGGACUGGGUAGGAAGUAAAAGCUAUGUCUGUAAUGGAUUUGCUUUUGUUGUUGGCUUUUAUUUGCUAGAACUGAAAAAAAGCUCAUACCUCCGUGUUGAAAUAAAGUGCUAUGUCCGGUUCUGGUCUGGUCUGGUUUUGUCUGUUAUGUACUUAACCUUAAUACCGCAGUAUAAAAAUACUAGCUCAAAACGAUAGGGAAAGUUAGUUUUCUUAUUUAAAUGUUUUCCGAGAGGUUCGCGACGAUGUUUUCAGCCUGUAGAAUUACGUCUUUUUCGAGUAAAUCUAGCACUCAAUGGGUUAAAAUUGCGCAGAACAAACCUGACAACAAACCAUGAACAAACCAUGACAAACAAGAGUUCCACUUUUCAAGAUUUAAAAUCUGGAAGGGAAAAACUAGCUCCCUUCUUUUUAUAGCAUCGGAUACGUGGAUAACACGCUGACCAUUGUGCCCGACAUUGAACUCUUGCCGGACAAUUUGAAAUCCACCAUGGAGGUAGCAAAACAAAACACCAUGAAUAUCACCAAAAGAGGUAACAGGCUCAAAACGUCAGUCCACAGGAAGUCUACGAGCACAUCGCUUGUCGUCUACUCCUGAUGCGUUUUCUGAUUAGAGCAACAAACUCCGCUCUGUUUUCCUUAACUUAGACUAUCCAAUCAAUUUGAUCAAUUCAUCUAUCAACAAAUUUCUGCAUAAUAUCGACAAUAUCGAUUCAGCCAAGAAUGCAAGUGAC